AUGCGAGGGACCGUUUAUAGGGACUUUCGCGUGCCUAGGUGUGGGCGCAUGGGAGCGUUCAAGUGGGAGAUUGGCGGCUUUCGUCGCAAGAGAGCGCGAGAGAAGAUAACCUCAUCGUGCUUUCACGUCGGCGGCUGUCUCAUACGCGAUCAAGUCACCGAUGGUGGCACGCUCUCGCUCUUUCUUCGCCACAUCGAUCCGGCUAAGGAGGCUGCGGUCAUGGCCAUAGCCGCCGAGCAGGUCGCACAGAGUGGAGCGCAAGGCGAUGAAGAAACAGGCCAGUCUGAGCCGGCAAACACCACCGUUCAGGACGCCUUUCCGUACCUUGAUGAAGACGAAGGCGACGUCGAGUUUGAGAACGACGUUGACGAUACCCAUGACGGCUCCGCAAGAACUACGCGUUCUCGUAGCAUCAACAAGGUCGACGGCAACUGGGCUCGGAUAGUGGCCUUCAAUAUCUUCAUUGUAAACAGCAUGAACAAGCGGCUCACCAUCGGCAAGCGAUCGAUCAACGAGUUCCGCAAGAACGAAGAGUGGGGGUAUGUCAUCCACAGACGAGUAGUGAUUGUCAACGACUUCUGGGGCGACUUUGUGGCCAUGUCAAAGUUGGAGGAAGCAGGUUUUGUGAUGAGCGACAAACAAGAGGAAUCGGAGGACCCGAUAGCGGACGGAGAAGAGAGGGCUGCGCGGGAGAGAGAACGCGAAAAGGUGGCGGCUCUGGAGGAAAUCAAAGAGUCCCCGCCCGACGAGUAUGGCACGCUCACGAUCGAGACCUUUGUCGUCGUUUCUGAUCCGUCCGAAGGCAAGGUGACCGUCGAGGAGCUGCUGCGAACAUUCAUAUCGGGCGUGUUCUCGAGCAAUCCCACGCUUCAGGGCGUGUGCCUGGGGAAGAUGGACGAACUCUUGCAGAUGCAUUCGUCGCCCACCUCCAUCCUCGGGCCGAUGAGCGACGAGAGUCACACCUAUCAACACGAAGCAGAUGGCAAAAAGACGAUGCUGGACCCGUGUCCCAAUGCAAAGCUUCGGGCAAUCAUCAGGAAGCGAGGUUGUAUCGGCAAGAUACUCGCCCUCUUGCAUGAUUCUACACUGGACAUCGAGCUCCGGGUGUCGGCUGCCGGUAUCUUACAGACGCUGGCGUUCAAUGACUACAAUGACGACAAGGCCAUCAUCGAUGCCGGUGGGGUACCCAUCUUGCUUGCCGCCCUUGCGCCCGAGGCCCACGGAGAGAACAAGCGAACACGAGUGGACCUGCAGGUGUGCGCUGCGGGCACUCUGCUGAAUCUUCAGCUAUGUAAAGAAUCUUCGCACAUUGUACUCAAGGAAGGAGGAGUGGCCAUUUGCAUCGAACUACUGAGGGCACAGACCGACAUCGACCUCCUCCAGGAGGUGGCAGGCGUCAUCGCCAAUGCGGCUGUAUGCGAGGAAGACGGAGCCGUCAUUGUUAGCCGGCUCGGUGGGAUAGCCCCGCUGAUGAAGCAUCUUCAGCCCUCUGAAGACCUCAACGAUUCGAUGGGAGAGGACCCGGCGGUAGGUCGCUACACUAACAUUUAUCCCCGACCAAGCGAUGCUCAAUCCAUGGAUCCCACCGUGCUGCAGCUCAACAGGUAA